AUGCUGGGCGGGAAAUAUCUGAACCUGAAAUUGUUCAGCGACAAAAAAAAUUCCCUUGCGAGUACGAGUGCAGAAAAAUCCCGAGGCAGCCACAGCAGCAGCGCGCAAAAUGAUGGGGGAGGCCAUGCCCACAAGUAUAACAGAGACAAGAGAAUAAUUCACGAGGGGUGGCUAAACAAGUGGACGAACAUCAUUGGCAGUUACAGGCCCAGAUACUUCGUAUUGGAAAAUGGCAUAUUAAGAUACUCCAUAGAUAAAUUUUCUCCCACGAAGGAAACCUUUGGCUUGUCGCAGUGCAAAAUAAAAGUAUGUCCUGAUGACCCACUGCACUUUGAAAUUGAUACCACUGAGCAAGGUGUCCUUUAUUUAAAGGCAGACUUCCCGGAAGACAAACACAAAUGGUACAUAUCUUUUAAAAAAGCUCAACUCAGUUACCUACACGGAAGACAUAAUAAGAAAGGGUACAUAGGCGUGAACAAUUUUAAUGUAACCACAAACUCUGAUUUUAUAUUAAAAAUUAUAAACAACACAAAUGAUUUGUAUAAGAGUAGAACAAUCAGCUCCGUUGGUGAAGAGAAGAGGGGGGUGAAGAAGAGCCACGCCAGUGGGGAGGGACACGUGGUGAACUCUCCAAGUGGGAAGACAGAACAGACAGGCAAGUUAGACAAAACUUCAUCCUGUGUCGCAUUCGACCAUGAGGAAGGUACUUUAAAAACGCAUGGAAUGAAAAACAUUAACCUAGAUGAUGUAUUCAUUAGCUCCACCGAUUUUGAAGACAAGAGUCCAACUCUCUGUCUUAUGGAAAAUAUUGUUUCGUUAAAGGAAAUUACGAGAGACUUGAUAAAAAAUUCACAACUCAAUGAAGCCAAUUCCAUUUUGAAGAAAAUCAAAUUGGACCCCAACUACAAAGUGAACUGUGAUGAGGUGGGGCCUGUGCUCUACCAACUGUCCAACUCAAUCGACUGCAUGGAUGCUGUUAUUGAGAAAUACAUCAACUGCACCGAGAUGCUCUUGAAGGAGGAAAACGUGCAGUUGAAAUGUAUGAACAAGUCAUUGAAAUUAUUAGCGAAACAAAAUUAUUUCCUAGAGAAAUCGCAAGACAAAAAAAGCUUUAGUGACUUACAGGAUAAGGUAAGAAAUCACUUGGAGAAAUUUAAUUUGUACGUAAAUGAUCAGGAGAGUGAGGAGGAAGAAAAUGAGGAUUUGUUUUUUGACUGCGAUGAUGAAUCGCUUUGUGAGGAGGAAAAUGUGCUCUCCAAUGUUCCUAUAUCUGGUGACCCGCUCUCCAUCGAAGAGGCCCCCGCGACAAGCACACCAGAAAGGGGAAAACAGGGACAUGCCGACUAUGGGGGAAUUUCCCCUAAACGUCUUCCCCUUGGAGGAUCACCCGAAGGGAGCAACAAAUCGGAGCAGCAACAGGAAGCAGAAGAAGAGGACAAAGCGCCCUCCCCGGAAGGGUCACCCACCCAUCCAUCAACACUCCAUGAUAAUGCAGCAAAAAAGGGAAACACAGCAGAGGACCUAUGCCAGGUGGAUACACACACGAACGAAAUGGGCCAUGUUCACGACAUAGACACUGCGAACCACAUGGACGAGGCGAAGGAUAACGACCUGCAAUUAGUCCAACUGUGCACAGAAGGAAAUAUCAAGUCCCUAAAUUUUAACCAAAUCGACAUAUACACGGACAACAAAAUUAAGAGGAGGACCACACUACCAAGUCCACGAACGGACAUCAAAAUUAGCAUGUGGUCCCUGCUGAAGGACUGCAUAGGGAAGGAUCUGUCCCGCAUAGGGAUGCCCAUUUAUCUGAAUGAACCCUUUUCAUUUUUGCAAAGGCUGGCAGAAGAUUUCCAAUAUGUGUAUCUACUCCAGCGCGCCUCCAGAGAGGUCGAAAGUACUAGUAGACUUGCAUACGUGACAGCCUUUACCAUAUCUCCCUACGCUUCUGUCAUCGGGCGAACGUUUAAGCCAUUCAAUCCCUUGUUAGGUGAAACGUACGAGUUGACUCACAGGAAAUUCUUCUUCGUAUCGGAGCAGGUAGUUCACCACCCCCCUAUCACUGCAUACCACUGCCACAAUGAGUACAUGACAAAUUUUGCCAGCAUAGGCGUCAAUGUACAAAUUUUGGGCAAGUCAGUUGAAAUCACAAUUCCAGGGUCCAGUCACCUCAUCCUUAGGUAUAACAAGAGGGAAAAUUCUCCAACGGGGAGGGAAAGACACACAAAGCAAUGUGCACCUUUGGAUGAGAAUCAUUUUUUUGGUUCCGAGCAGGAUGUUAACCUAGACGCAUGUGAAGUGCCCACUUGCUCCUCAACCAAGACAAACAUCCAGGACAGAGGUACGCAUAGCACACACUGUGCACAUGGCAAAAAUAGUCUGUAUAGAGGUGACACACAUAGAGGCGACCCGCGGAGAAGUGCCCCUUUGCCAGGCGUAGACGCCCCCGAGUGCGGCCAGGAGCAUUACACGUACCAAAGAGCCAACAUGAUAAUCCACAACAUAAUAUUUGGAAAGUUGUGGGUGGAGCUCCAUGGAAAUAUCCUCAUAAGAAACCACAACAAUGGAGAUUUCUCCAUCGUCAGGUACAUUCGCAAGGGAUGGUUUGACAACGAAAUUCACAAGGUAAGAGGAGUUGUAUGUGAUCGAUACAAAAAUAUAAUUUUUUAUAUAUACGGAAAGUGGUCACAAGAAAUUAACAUAGCUUAUGUAAAGCAUUUAAAAAAACAGGUAUAUGAUUCAUACUUUUUCAAUGCCGAUGGGUCAGAAAAUAUUAACCACUUUAACAGAAAUGCUUUGAAUGAAUUUAUUGCAAAUGUGGAUUGGCAAUUUUAUGAGAACAACGUGGAUCUCCUAAAUGGAGUGUGUGUGUGGAGGGCCUCCAAAAGGCCCAAACACAGUGAAUUAUAUUACGGGUUUAAUAAUAUGACCGUGGAAUUGAACGAAAUAACUCCUGAAUAUGAUCCGUCCAAGGGGGCAGCUAUUGCGUGUACGGACAGCAGAUUUAGACCUGAUCAGAGGAGUUAUGAAAAUGGAAAUAUCGAAAUUGCCAUGAGUGAAAAACAGAGACUUGAAAACAAACAAAGAAUGAACUCGAAGAAAUAUACAGGGAAAGACUCCUACAAACCAAAAUGGUUUUACAAGCAUAAGGACCCCAUUUAUAAGGACAGGGAUAUGUACCUCUUCAACAAUGAGUACUGGGUCGCGAAGGAGAAGGGGCUCUUCACGGACACGCCCGACAUAUUCUGA